AUGCCAUUAUCUAGCGGUGGUGACAAGAACAGUCGACAGUCGUCAGGUACCAGAUCCCUAUUCAGUCGAGUCAAAGGUGGACGCAAAGAUGCAGACACAAGCAGUCGCUACGAACCGGGCGAUCAGGAAACGGGAGCGAAUGGUUCGUGGAACUCAAGACAUAGUCGCAACGACUCGGUAGCAUCCAUGAACGGAGAUGGUACACAGAGUACUGUUGGUCUGAAUAUGAAUGCUGGGGUAAUGACUUCGAUUCCCUACGACACAGUCGCCGACGCGAGACAGCCUUCGAACGAAUAUAUCACUAAAGAAGAUACGCGGAGAGAACCGCAGCCACAUCAGUUAUCAAGAGCCGUUGCGCCUCCACGACCUCCUCCCCACGCGAGUAAUUUCACCAUGGCCACGAGUCAGCCAGGUGAUAGGGGCACAAAAUUACAACAAUGGGGCACUCAGAGGCCAGGGAGCAGCAACACAAACCAUAGUAAUUACGAUUCCUUUUCUACAACGGACUCAUCGAACGGCCCACGCAAGUCGUUCGAUCAAAUGAGCAUACGAUCUACAGCCUCUUCACAGACCGCCAAUUCUCUACUCUCCUCAGAUACUUCCUCACGUACAGCAGUGCCUUCUAUAGCCAGAGAGUCCCUCUCAUCUUUAACACCGACCACUUCUCGCUUAGGAAAGAUUGCAAGUCACGCUGGGUGGCCUGCCCAGCAAGCCUCACCUUUCAGUUCAACCACAUCCUUUGCCCCAGCUGGCUUCAAUCUUCCACGACCUAAAGAUGACAAGGAAGUGGAGAGAAUGUUUACGGAGCUCAUGCAUAAGAGAGGAUGGCAGAACUUACCUGACGCGGCCAAGCGCCAGAUGCUCGCGUAUGCUCCUGCAAAGAAGUGGACCUUGGUACAUCAGGACAAGCUAACCGAAUGGCAAGGUGAACAGAAAAGACGCCAACAAAACAGGCAAGCCGAAAGUCCCUUAGCACGCCCUGAUGAAGAGUUCAGCCCGGAGUGGUAUGUGAAGAAAAUCGUCGACGAUACUAUUACACCUAAACAGCUCCAGAGUUUGGCGGUGAGCUUACGAACCCAACCGAUAUCAUGGGUUCGCACGUUCCUCGAAGCUCAGGGUCAGGUUGCCUUGACGAACGUAUUAAUGAAAAUCAACAGAAAGCAGCAAGCUGGUCCCGCUCCUGCGCACACGGCCGCAUCGACAGAGAAAGAUAUCGAAAAGGAGUACGAUAUAGUGAAGUGCAUCAAGGUUCUCAUGAACAACAAAUAUGGCGAGGACGAUGCGCUCGCACAUUCAUCGGUUCCCAUAGCAUUGGUAACGUGCUUGAACUCCCCACGGCUUUCCACAAGGAAGCUUGUCAGUGAAACCUUGAGCUUCCUGUGUCACCGUGAUCAGCCAAGGGGUCAUACCAAAGUUUUACAGGCAAUGGACUAUGUGAAGAGCAUGAUGAGCGAGAAUGGUCGCUUUGAUGCAUGGAUGCGAGUCUGCGAAGUCACCGUCGAUGGCCGUGGUAAGAUGGGUAGUCUUGUUGGUGCCAGCGAUGAAGUUAGGAGCGGUGGUAUUGGCAUGGAAAAUCUGCUAAUGGAAUACUCUCUGGCUACCUUGAUCUUGGUCAAUGCUAUGGUCGGCGCGCCCGAGCACGACCUGCAUUUACGAUGCCAUCUUCGAGCCCAGUUGCAUUCGACUGGCAUCAAGCGGAUCAUGACCAAGAUGGAGGCUUUUCAAUAUGAGCUGAUCGACAGGCAAAUUGAGCAGUUCCGGGAGAACGAAAUUGUUGAUUAUGAGGAUAUGCUGCAACGAGAAGGUCAAAGCCAGGUCGACGGUAUUGAGCCUGAGUACAAGGACUUGACUGAUCCCAAGGAGAUUGCGGAUGCAAUCAUGAGCAAGAUCGAGGGGACGAGGACUCAAGACCAUUUUGUGUCGGCCAUGCAGCAUAUGCUGUUGAUGCGCGAAAAUCCCUACGAGGACCGGCUCAGGAUGUUCCAGCUUGUUGACUCCAUGCUCAGCUAUGUGGCCAUGGACAGGAGGCUUCCGGACAUGGACCUGAAGCAGAGUCUCAAUUUCACAGUUCAAAGUCUGUUGGACAAGUUACACACAGAUGCUGAAGCCAGGCUUGCUGUGGAUGAAGCCACAGAAGCUCGCCAGAUUGCUGAUGCGGCAAUGGCAGAGCGAGAUGAGAUGAGAGCUCAAAUCGAACUGGGUGCUGACGGUCUAGUUCAGAAAUUGCAGAAACAAAUCGAGGAGCAGCAAGAAGUCAUUGACAUGCAGUCGCGCCAAGCUGACAAGUUGAAAGCUGAACUCGCCGAAGUGCAGCGUCUGAGAGGUCAAGAGUUGCAAAGGAAUGAACUUGAAACACGUGAGCUCUAUCUGAUGCUCAGAGACGCUCAGGACAUUGCAGCCUCGAACGCUAACAAGGUGCCAAGACAAGGUGAAGAACCCGUCAAGGUUCAAGGCAUCCUCGAUCGCGAGCGCCUUAUGGAGCGACUUGAGAAGCAGCUCGAGAGAACAAAGACUCAAUUUAAGCUAGAAGGUAGGGUUUGGGGAGAUCAUGGACCAUCCGAACGUCUGAGACAGCUACGUGAAGAGAUGGACGACGGUAUGGAUGCUGAUUUCCAGGAGAAGACACGGGAACAUCUCACACAUAGUGUCAUCGGAAGCGUUCACAGAAGUAAUGCGAAACGCAACUCUGUACACAGACCGAGGAGAACACGUGCCGAUGGUCUAUCUGUACCUGAAGAAGAUACUGAGGACGAAGACGAUCAGGAUGAGGCCAUCAUCGAGAAGCCAAGAGUCAUUGAGCUCAUUCGACCAAAGGUCACCUCUCAGCAGCGUGAUGAGCGAGCCGGAAUGUUGUCAGAGCUUCAGAACAAAUUCCGUAAGGAGACUCCUACAGAUGGCACAAGCGAAGAUGGCACAGAAGGCGAUGGCAUCACUACUGGUACCUCACAUCCAAGCCUCGAGGCAGAUUCGCCAAAGACCCCUCAGGACACCACAAUGCAGGACAUCCCGAAACUGCAGUUCACUGGGCCGCCACCUCCACCACCUCCGCCCAUGCCAUUAGGAGUUGGAGCACCUCUUUUGCCUGGCUUUGAAGCUGGACCUCCUCCCCCACCACCCCCACCGCCAGGGUUUUCUAGUACAUCCAGCACACCACCACUUCCUGGUUUUCCUUCGGCUGGCCCACCACCACCACCACCGCCCCCGCCUCCUCCUCCUGGGACUCCCGGUCUGGGAUCUUCUGGAUUUGGAGCUUUUCCACCGCCUCCACCGCCACCUGGUGCGCCACCACUUCCUGGUACUCAACAUGGUCACUUCUUAGCGCGACCUAUUUCUCCCGGCCUGCCACAAAUUAGUAGCCCGUAUCUCAGACCGAAGAAGAAGCUCAAGGCUUUCCACUGGGACAAAGUCGAUACACCUGAGGUUACUGUAUGGUCUAAUCAGGCAGUGGACACAUCUGCAAAAGAAGAAAAAUACCAAGAACUGGAAAGGAAAGGUGUCCUGGCGGAAGUCGAGAAGCUGUUCUCAGCCAAGGAGAUCAAGAUUCUCGGCAAAGGAAAAGAAGCUAGGGAAGACAAGAAAAGCAUCAUUUCAAGCGACAUGCGAAAGAACUUCCACGUUGCGCUCGCCAAAUUCAAGCAGGAUAGUGCUGAUGAGCUCGUUAAGAAGAUCAUCCAUUGCGACAGAGAGAUCCUAGAAAGUGCUGUGGUCAUGGACUUCCUACAAAGAGAAGAUCUCGCAAAUAUUCCGGAGAACAUCGCUAAGCUGAUGGCCCCAUACAGCAAGGACUGGACUGGACCGGAUGCGGCGACAACGCAGAGAGAACAAGAUCUGAAUGAGCUCACUCGAGAAGACCAGAUAUACCUGCAAACAGCUUACGAGCUGCACCAUUACUGGAAGGCCAGGAUGCGAGCCUUGGCGCUCACCAAGACCUACGAGACAGAGUAUGAUGAGAUUUCGAAAAAGCUGAAAGAAGUGGUAGAUGUGUCAGAGUCGCUUCGUGAUUCUACUUCAUUGAUGAGUGUGCUGUCAUUGAUCCUAGAUAUUGGUAACUAUAUGAAUGAUGCCAAUAAGCAAGCAGCUGGCUUCAAGCUGGGAUCACUGGCCCGACUUGGUAUGAUCAAGGACGACAAAAACGAGACUACGUUUGCGGACCUUAUCGAAAGAAUUGUACGAAACCAAUAUUCGGAAUGGGAACGGUUUGUCGACGACAUCGCUGGGGUUGUGCCUGCUGCUAAGCUGAAUGUUGACAUGCUGCGACAAGAUGCGAAAAAAUACAUCGACAAUAUCAGAAAUGUUCAGCAGUCUCUCGACAUGGGCAACCUGAGCGAUCCAAAGAAGUUCCAUCCUCAGGACCGAGUGGCCCAGGUUGUGCAAAGAUGCAUGAAAGAUGCGCGAAGAAAAGCAGAACAGCUCACCAUGUACUUGGAGGAGACGUCACGUGUCUUUGAUGACAUUAUGUUAUACUUUGGCGAAGACAAUACUGACGAGAACGCUCGUCGCGACUACUUCGCCAAACUCGCCGGCUUUGUUACAGAAUGGAAGAAAUCUCGAGAAAAGAAUAUUGCAUACGAAGAGAACAGGCGCAAAAUGGAAGCGAGCAUGGCAAGGAAGCGAGCUGCGGUUAAUAAUGCGGCUGAGAGAGCGGCUUCUGCCGAUGGCACGAGCUCUCCAAUGGCUACUCAAUCCGGAGCGAUGGACAGCUUGCUCGAGAAACUGAAGGCUGCUGGCGCACCUAAAGAUCAAAGAGACAGAAGACGGCGAGCACGACUCAAGGACCGGCAUAAUGAACGCGUUGCUAGUGGCCAGCAGAUGCCUGAGUUGCGCGUCAGGGAUGGACUUGAGGAGAGCAGAGGUAUCACACCCAUCGCCGAAGUGGAUGUCGACACACCUGGUGACGAUACACCAAAUAUCAACAAGGGUGCCACGAGCGAAGGAGAUGACGUUGCUGACCGAGCUGCAAGCUUGCUGGCAGGUCUUCGUUCAAGAGCACCAGAUGAUACAGGUGAUGAAAUCAGUGUAGGUCGGCGCCGCGCAGGAGCGGAAGAGAGACAGGCACGCAGAGCCCGUCGACGCACACAACAGACUAAGGGUAGUUCAGAUGCUGGAGAUAUACGAGCAAUGUCACCCGAUCAGGAUUUCGACGACGACACUCAUGGCUCACUUGCCUCGAAAAUGAACGGCCUCGAUGGUCCCAUCAAUACGAAGAGGAUCAGCCGAAGCGAUGGUUCUUUGAGUCCAGAGCCAGGAAGUGCAGGCCUGCCAACGCCUAGCAUAGUUGUCAGUCCGACGCCGGAUGACGACGCCGACAGACGACUUAGAGACAAUGAGGCAGAGGAAGGCAGCAAAGAAAGGCCAGUAGAGAUACCUGAGUAG